AUGGCUACAACCAUGUUGUACACAACUGGUGCCUCAGUGGAGGAUCCCCCUCACAGCUUAACAAACACUACAAAUGGCUCUGGAAAGCCGAGGCACCGACCAACGGCACUGCAGAUUAAACCACUGGACCCCAGUGAGUUGAGUGCCAAGUUGGGUGGCCUCUCCGUUGAGUCCAAUGAUCAACUCAGUCCCUCAAUUCAUAUCGAGAAUUCUACCAGGCCGCCGCUGUCUGCUAUGAGCAUGGGCGUAUCACCUAGGACCAUCCCCGAAACACGCCUAAGUCCAUCAGCGAAAACCACGGUGUCUUCAGCGUCUUGUAAGAGAGACAGCGACAGGCUGAACCUGCCAUCACCUGGAAAGCCUCCACGCCGGGGUAGCAUAUUUGAUGCAUUCCGUUUCAAGGGCUCGAACUAUACAGAUGAAGCACAAAGCCAAGAUACUGGAAAUGCUCAAAAACCUGCCCCCUACAAGCAUGUUCCUCAAGUGGCAGCACAGCAGUUUGCUCGCACCACCACUGUGGAGACUCUGUCACAAAAGACUUCACCCAAAGGCAUGAGACCUGCCCCUGGGCCUCGGUCAAUGAGCAACGCUACCAUUUCGUUGCAGGAGUACCACAGACAAUACAAACGAGCACAGAGCAUAUGUACUGGUAGAACGUCAAGUGGCUAUAACCAGUCGAAAUUGGCUGGUACCGUCGAUGCAAACGACAGAAUCUCCCAGCAAAAGAAACAAAAUGCUCGUUUGAGUUCAUACGGCAAUAGACCUGAACUACCAAGAAGAAUGAGCACGGGCAACAUGUCAGGGAAAAAUGAUCCCCAGCCCCCAUCACCAUUUCGACAAGAUUCUACAGGUAUUGGAGGCUUCCAGGGAAACAAUGCUCCCAGCACAAGACGAGACUCUGCUAGUUCAUCAGGCUUUUCAGACACAUCGUCAUCAUUCACGCGCGAUUCUGGCCCAGCAACUCCGUUCAAGUCGGAAUUCGGUGGCAAUAUUUCUCCCAACCGUCGAGGGUCGGAGACCAGCGCAGCAACCUCUGGAUCGCGAAGAGGCAGCUUUGUCAAUGUCCCAAACCCUCAGCACACAGCUGAAAUACACCGUGUGGACUGGUCGCAGAGUGAUCAAUCCGCAAAGGUCCAACGAGACUCCAAGUGGGGAGGUCUCAAGCAUCGAAAGACUAGUGUAAGCCAGCAAAAACCGAAGGAUGAGAAAGACGGCCCUCAUGUCAUUGAGACAGCGUUACAGACGACAAACUCACAAAAGUCGCCAAAGCCUGGGUUCCUUAAGCGAUUCAUGCAUUAG